AUGGAGGAUCAACUUUGUGAGAACCAGUUCACAUUGGUGAUUAGUAAUAUCUCCUCUUUGCAAUCCGUUGGGAAGAAAUAUACUGAUGCAUUCGUGAUCGGUGGAUGUAACUGGCGUGUUGUGGCGACUUCCAAGGGAGAGAAAUAUAACGAGUCUCUGUCGCUGUCUUUGGCGGUUGCUGAUGCUGAGUCGUUGCCUUUUGGAUGGAGAAGACACGUAGAGUUUUCUUUUACGAUAGUGAAUCAACUUUCUGAAGAACAACACUCCGAACUGGAAGAUAUCUUUCGUGAUUUUACGGAAACAAAAGUAAUAUUUGAUUACAAGACUCAUGAAUGUGGUUGUGCAUCCAGUAUUCCCCUCGGAAGACUUGAUGCCAAAUAUGGUGGAUUGAUACUGAAUGAACAAGUCAAGAUUUUGGGAGAGGUUAAUGUUCUUGAAGCUGUUUGGAAGUCUGGACCUAUUACCAUUGAACUCCAUGGGUUUCAAGUGUUUCCUUCAGAGAUGAAACGUUUUCAAUAA